AUGCCUCUAUCAUCCUUGCCGAUUGAGAUCCUCGGCGAGAUCAUUGAUCGCAUAGUCACUAGUCCCAUCGGGAUCUGUGGCUCCGCUCGUUUGCGUCUCGUCAAUCGAACGUUUGAUCUGGAGAUCCGCCGCUCUUACGCGCGCACUACUCGAUUUGCAUCCGAUCGACGGUUCGCGGUGGCUCCUCAUAGCCUCAGCAAACGCGUGUUUUUCGCUAAAUACCUGCUCCUCCGACCCAAGAGGAAAGGAAAGCCGGAGGAAAAGGACAUCUCGUAUUUCUUGAACACCCUCGUCGAUCGGCUACUCAGCCAUGACAACAAUGCGAAAGGGACCCCCUCGGAGAGUGAAUAUGACGACGCCAAACGCUGCCAGCUGCUCUCUGUUCUGUGCGCAAAGAUGACUCAGGUACAGUUGUCGGUCUACCCAACGCAUAUCAAAUUAUACAACGGCGAAGACAUCACCAUGGAGCUCCUGAUCGCAGCCAUCUACACCAACCGACUAUCUCUUGUCCAUCAAAUGCUCAGCACCGGCCAGGUCAAUCUCCAAUCCGACCCUAGUACCCUCUUCGAGACUCCUCUACUCGCCGCCGUCGACACGCAAAACCCCGACACCGUGCGCGUCCUCCUCGCGCACAACGCCCCAUUCAAACCCCCAAUCCCGCGCCCACACCGACCAUUCCACGGAAAUCCGCUCCUCAGGGCCGUUGAAAACAACGACCUCCCCAUCCUCACCCUGUUGCUCGACCCUUCGUCCAAUCUCUGCAAAUCCGACCUGACCUACCAGCACGCCCUCGUCUCCUCCAUCACCCCCUCCCCGGACUCCCAUCGCAUCACCUCCCUCCUCAUCUCCCACUAUGCAUCAACCCUCGCUGAAUCCCCAUAUAUCCUGUCCGAAGGCCUCCGCGCCGCCUGCCGCGCCGGACACACCGAACUAAUCAAACACCUCCUCUCCUCCGGCGCCGACGUCAACAGCACCCUGAACUACCGCGAAACGCACUCCAUGGCUGCUCCGAUCGCCCAAGCUGCUUGGACUGGCCAAGUCCCUACCAUCCACCUCCUGCUAUCCCACGGCGCGUCUCUCCGUCCGAACCACUACGCUAACACCGGUGUCCGAACCCAACAUCCCGGCGCCGAUGCCCUCCGUGCCGCGACGUGGGGGAAUCAUUGGCCGGCUGCGCGUGCUCUCCUUGACGCCGGUGUCGCAGAGUUUCUGUCCCAGAGCGACUGGUGCUCCGUGUUCAAGAUCGCAGCGCUCCAUGCGGACUGUGUGGAUGUUGCGGCGAACUUACUAGAUAGUGGUGUUGUCCGAUUGGCCGGGCUAGCGGAUGAUGAUGUCGGAGCCGAAGAUGCGGUGGUGGAGUUGGUUGCGAUUGUAUGCCAGAGGGGAAAUGUGGGUUUCAUGGACGCGCUAGUGAGACAUGGAUUGCCGGUGACGGGGCAUGCGAUGUAUGAGAGGGCGAUGUAUCCGGUUCCGGUUGUUCAGGCGUUAGCGUGGGAGCAGCAGGGCGUGGUGCGGUUGUUGGAGGACGUGGCAGGACAGAAGGUGGAUGACGAGAUGAGACGGCUAGCUGAUGCGUUUAGGGAGAAGGAAAUAUCGAGAGGUUGGAGUUGUGUUGCGGCGCCGGGGUGUGGCAUGCCGGCGUAUACGAUUUUGAGAUGA